UUAUCACAUUUGGUUGUAUGUGUCUCGAGUUUAAACCCAUCUCUAAGGCGAAAAGUUAUUUUUUAUAUUGAAUUGAUAAUGAUUACCCCUCUCUCUUUUUUGCUCCAGUAUGAGCCACAUGUAUACUGUCCUAUUAAUAACAAGAGAGUCAAAGACACCUUUCCAAACAGCUGAUUAGUUAGAAUUUGAUAUUGUCUUUCGCAGUAACUAUAGUUUACAACAAGAGUUCCGUCACUUUUAAAUGAAGAACUAUCAAUGAUUGAAACCGGUAAAAACCAUCGCCAUCAUUUACUUCUAGAUAUGUCAAUUACCUUUUCAAAACUAUUCAACUGAUAAAAGUUUUGUCUUUUCAAAUCUAUUGAAAAAUACACAAAAAAAAAACAGUUAAAUAGUUUUAUUUAAAAUAAAUUGACAAUCAAACAAAUCAAAUGAUCAGAAGCAAACAAAUUAAAGAAAGAACAGCAAAUGAAUCAAAUAAACAGUUGUCACUGCCGUAGAAGGCUUGAAACUACAAAAAAAUCUCCUUAGACUUAAUAUAUGCUAUUUUUAUAUUGUAUUAGGAUUUAAACAAAGAUAUAUUGUAUUAGGAUUUAUUUCCUUAUUAUCCAUGAUUUAACUUUUUCAAUGAAACUGACUAAGGAUUACUUGUACCAAAAGUAAUCUUAUUAAGUUGAAUUUAACAUAUAAAAAUAAUACCACGAUGGAAUUAAUAUUUGAAAAAGAUAUGAUAUUUAUCACAUGCCAUACGCUUACGCGUUUCGUACUACUUACAACUCAAAAAAGAAAAAUUCCUUUAUUUUUUUUUUGGUUAAUCUUAUAUAUUAAAAGAGAAGUCACAACUUUAACUCAUGUGUGAUUUUUUAAAAAAUGGACCUAAUGGACCUAUUACUAGAAAAUCAUGUUACAUUUAAUUUAUAAUCUUAUCAUUAUUAUAGAUCUAAAUAACUCACUUUCUAGAUUAUAGGAACUAAAUAAUAUGUCUACUUCAUUAUAGGAAUUAAAUAAUUAUCAAUCUUUUCCAAGCCAAAAACAUGAUAUGAAAACAACCAAUUCAAUAAAAAAAAAUAUACAAUAAAAUUAUUAUGUUUUAACAAGUGAUAGACAUACCUCAUAUAUAUUAUACUAAUAUAUACCAAUGUAGAAUUAAAAAUAAACUAUUUCUAUAAAAAUAAAUGAAAAUAAACACCCGCGCGGUUGCGCGGGUCGAGAUCUAGUUGACAUUUAAAAGUUGCAAGAGAAUCUGCCUCUUUUAGUAAUGUUUCUUCUAUAACACUGUCACUCAUAGUCAUAAUAUGGAAAUACUAAAAGAAAUUACCUUUUUACUAUUACUAGAUUGAGUUCAGUAUAGAAUAUUUCGGGAUUUAAAGAAAAUCUAUUUACUUUUUUGACAGCUCACUUUCCAUAUUCCGUUUACUUCUAGUAACGAUAACAAUGGACAAGUUACACCGACUGAAAUUUUCUUCUACUAUAUAUACUUUAGUUAUACACUAAACCGACACUACAAAUCACGCGGAAGAUUUUGUCUUAACGAUAAAUACGGAACUAUGGAUCUACUAUUAUUUGAAGCUCUCAUGCAACUUCCACCAUCAACAAGAGACACCGUUGUAAAAGUGCUGGAUCAUGCAAGCCAAAACCACCCUACUGAUCAUGAUGAAGAUUAUCCAAAAAGAAUAUGCUUACGAGAAGAAGAAGAGUGUGCUACAGGCACAGUUUGUGUUGAGCCAAGAUUACAAAGUAGUGACUCUGAAGAAUAUUCUUCUUCUCGCUCUUCUAAGACGGUGACAGAAGAAGAGUGUGGACAGUGUUCAAUGGACGAUGAUGAUGAUGAUGAGACAACUUCUCCUUCUUCUUCAGAGACGGUGGAACAACGAAUGAUACUGUACAAGCCACAACAAGAAGAGUAUGAAGAAGACGACGUCGUUUCGACCGAGCUUACGUUGGGAAGUAGUAGCGCACAGCCAUCACGGCAACAAGAAGAACCUUCCUCUUCUUCACCGUCUGAAGAUGAUACAACGGCUCUCUUACUCGUCGAGCUAUGCCGCAUUAGGCCUAUGCAACUUCAAACACAAACUCAGACGCCACACAAGUUUGAUUCGUACAAGUGUGAUGUAUGUGGAAAAGAGUUUACUUCGUACCAAGCCUUAGGUGGACACAAGGCUAGCCACCGAGUUAAGCUGCAACAACCACUUGUUGAAAACGCAAACGCAGAAGCUGGAGGAAAAACGCGGCCCAGGAUGGCCCCAUCCGGUAAAAUACACAAGUGUUCUAUAUGUAACGUUGUGUUUCCUACGGGACAAGCUCUCGGUGGGCAUAAACGCCGUCACUACGAAGGUGUUCUAAGCGGUAACAAACGUAGUCACGACGAGGUUAUAGCUGGGGACAGGUCCAGUCCCAAUCAUGAGAGUGUUGAAACAAACAUGUCGGGUCGGAAGCAGAGUUUUGUAGGCGAUCACAAACGUAGUCACGACGAGGUCAUAGCGGGAGACAAGUCGAGUCCCAAACAUGAGAGUGAUGUAACAAAAAAUCCAGGUCGAAGUUUUAUAAGGUUGUUCGAUCUUAAUGAAUUUCCUUUGCAAGAGUUUGAUGAUAACAACAUGCAAGAAGUUGAUGAGUAUGAAAGUGCAAUUGUAGCGAACAAGACGCUACAAUUAAUAGAUCUGAUUUGAAGUGUUGAUUUUUUUUAUGUUCAUUCUUUUCGUUGACCAACCUAACAUAUGAUAUUUGUAGUUUAAGAUUUUUCACAUUUUUUUAAUUGUUUUGUUUAGCAUUAUUUUAACCUUUUUUUGUUACAAAAACAAAAUCACUUUACAAUUUCGAUACAAAUUAUAUUUACUUUCAAAUGAAAAUUAAUUGAAAAUUACAUUGAUUUUAUAAAUAAUUUUAUUUAUCUCAAAUACUAUUGGUCAAAGAGAUAAUUAGUAACAACUUACAUAUAUUAUCACUAUUUUUUUAAUAUGUAUUAAAAAUAUCAAAAUGACACUUAUUUAGAAACAUAAUGAAUACUCUCUCUCCCUCAGUCCCUAAAAGAUUGAUAUUCUAGUUUUUUCAUACAUUUUAAUAAAACACAUUAAAUUUAAAUAAAUUUUUAUGUUUAUCUUCUUUCCAUAAUUUUAAGCCAAUAAAAAAUCAAAUAGUGCAAUUAAAAUUUGAGAAAAAGACUAAAAUAGCACUAAACCAAGUUUAUGUU